AUUUGAUGUUAAUUUAGUUGAGUUACAGAUUGUUGAACAUGAGAGAUCUUUGUAAUCUCGUGAUUUUUGGCAUCCUAAUUGACACUGCAAAGAAAAAAAUUAAAAAGUUAUUAGUAAAUUGUAAAUAUAUUAGCUCCAAAAAAGAGGGACGAGGAAGCUAUUUAAUCACUCGCCAAAUUGUAUCAUUGGAUAGAUUAGACUGAUCGACGCGAUGAUUAGUAAAUCAAAUCUUUUAAUGGUCAAAAUAAGUGAUCAGUUUACUUUUUCAUCUACUGAUUGGAAUCAAUGAUCUGAUCAGUUUUACGUUCAAAUGGAAUUGUUAUUGAAAAGAAAACCAAAUUGAUCUCAACCAAGGAUAUGAUAGGUGAUCAUCACCAACAGAAUCAGUGUUAAAUGCAACAAUUAAUCAAAACAAUCAACUGAUAUUUACUCAGUUAACAUAAUAGUAAAUCGAAAAGCGUAAAUUUUCCUGUCAGUGAUCAUGAUGAUUGAAGAAAAAAUGAAUUUUAAUCUAUAAAAUUUUCGAUAUCAAUUCUCAGGUAAUUACAAUCGGAAAUUGAUUGGGAUGAAGACACAAGUUUAAAGAAGACACAACAACCUUGUUACUGUUUCUGCAGAACAAAUUAACCAAGUAAUCAAUUAGAAUGUGAUAAUGGACUUUGAUUUAUUAUUCAAUUGAAUGAGAAUUGAGGUAAAUUGUUGAUCAAUUAAUUGGUGUGAACAAUUACCAUCAAUUGAUGGCAUGAAAUCGACACAAUUUAAAAGGAAGAUCACAAAAGGCUUUCGAAUUCAUUUAACUAAUAAAUGUAAACGAAAAAAAUAAGAUGAAAAAGAAAAGUGAAAAUAAAGAGAAGAAGAAAAAAACUGGAUGGUAAAGGACAGAAAAAGUGAAAUGAUUAAAUUAAAAGGAACUUGAUUUAAUAGCAGAAAGAGAAACUCGAAAGAAGAAUUAAGUUGACAAUUAACUCGAAUAUUGAGAAAAAAUUGUCAUCAAUUGGUAACAUCAACUUCCUUUUCCUUCCCUGUCAAUUGAAUAUUUCUUCUUAUUUUUUUCAUCCAUCAUUCGCUCUUCAUUAAUUGGGUAACGUUCUUGUGUUAAUCGGAUCGAGAUCCAUCAUCAGCCUGAUUGUUAAUCCAAUUUACGAUUUAAUUUUCGGUACAAUUAGGGGUUAACUGUAGUUGUAGGUUGAAAGGAGGAAAGGCUUGGGUCUACCAAAGGGAUUCGGUCAAUUGGUUUUCCUCUUCUUCUCCUCCUCUUCCUCUCAAUCUCACCUCCUCUUACGAAGCGGUGACAAUAAGAUGAAAAACAUUGGAAUCGAGAUGAUAAUUACAAUUGUUCAUUACGAAUGAACAAUUAGUUAAUCACAUGACAACCAAAUUAAUCUAAAGGUAAGCAAUCAAAGUGGGAGGAUUAAAAGGUAAACAUAGUGAUGGGUGAAAAAAACGGUCCAUUUGAAUGAUAAGAAAAAGGAUUAAACUUUCGAUUAUUUCAUGUUGAUAUUUAACUUGUCGUCGAUUGAAGGAUUACUUUCAUUUGGCUUUCACAUGUCACAUCUAAAUGGUUAAUUAAUUGUCUCGCUUAAUCUCAUCUACUUACAACCCUAAUCACAAUUAAAUGCUCAUCGAUUUCAUUUUCUGUUGAUCAGUGAAUGUCAGUGUCUUUCCUUUAAGGUGGUUCGGUGAUUUUUGUGACUUUUUUGUUCCUUCACUUUGUUAAUUGUUAUUGGUGAUUUAAUCACAAGGCUGAUGGUGAUUACAAUUAUCCCAAAUGAUUGGAUUCACUGAAUCACCGGAUAACCAUGGGAUUUUGUUUGUGACUUUAAUCAAAGGAUGCAUUGCUGGAUUAACACAUUAAUAAUUCUGUUUUAUGGAUUAAUCCGGAUAACUUUUGCAGAUUAUUGUGAUUGUGGAUUAAGUGGCCUUCAGAAACGAGUCUACGGGGGUAACGAGACAUACGCCAAUCAAUACCCAUGGGUAGCUCAUUUAAGAUUUUUCAAUUACAUUGGUGGUGGUCAGUAUGGACUUUGUGGUGGUUCUCUUAUUGACCAUUGGCAUGUCGUAACGGCGGCCCAUUGUUUACACGACGAGAAGGGCAAUGUCCGUGAUCCCAGGGCCGUUCAGGUUUACCUUGGAGUACAUAACCUUUACCUGCUGCCAAGAGCCCGUCAAGUGGCCUACUUUAUUAUACCCGAUAAUUAUGAUUCCACUAAACCGGUUAACAAUGAUUUUGCCAUACUUCAAUUGGCUGAGCCAGUUGAAUUUUCAGCCAGAAUAUCACCAAUCUGUAUACCAAAAGAUGAUAUCGAACCGUACCAAAGGUUAACCGUUGCUGGUUGGGGACAUUUAGGUCCUAAUCAAGGGACAGCGGCUGCACUACAACAUGUUGAUGUUUAUCAUGUCGGCAAAGGAGAUUGUUACGAUAUGGUCAAGGAUUAUCUCUAUCGAACUCAUCCAAUUGUCCGUUUAUUUCCCCACAAAUUCAUCAUUCCUCCAAUUCAUGAGAAUCAUAUGUGUGCAGUUGAUGGUUCAACUGGUGGAGACGCUUGUCAAGGAGAUUCGGGUGGUCCAUUAAUGUAUCUUAAUCCAAGUAACAAUCGUUAUUAUCUUGUUGGCGUUGUUUCGGGUUCGUAUGACCUUUGUGGUGAUGAGAUGACCCCAGGAUUUUACACUAUGGUCAAAAUGUUCAGACACAUCAUUGAGUCGGUAGCACCAGAAUCUCAUGUAUGUUAUUACUGAUUCAAGAGCAAUUAUUAUUUCUUACCAAAAUUGGUACAAUAAAUUGUCAUCAACUCAACGAAUCUCCAUUCAUAUGCCGACAAAAGACUCGACAGACACAAAUCCAAUCAAAUCUUGCAUAAAUCAACAACUAAUUAAUUAACUGAUUAACUAAUUGUUGAUCGACUUACAUGAACCAGUUUUAUGGUUCGCAUUCAGUUGAUUAACCAAAUUGUUCAUUUCUUCAAUGGAAAUCAUCAAGUUUAGAAACCCAAUUUUCUUAAAAAUUUUUGUGAUCUAUUAUCAAUAUUAACUAAUUGUGAUUAUCUAAUUAAUUUAUUUUAAAGAAAAUUUUGAUUCACUUCUUGAUUUGAUCUUAUUGUAAUUUGUUGAUUACCUAAGGACCACAACUACUGGACAAUAGGACGAUACAAUUGGAAAGACUGAUUAGUAGUACAAUGUUUUUAUUAAUUAUCAACGAAAACUAUUAAUCUCUGACCUCAAAUUUUACUACAACAAUUAAAAAGAAAUUAAAAAGUAACACAUUUUAUUACAAUUGAA